AUGGCCAGAGUCUACAAGCCCGCACCCUACACUGCCCUCAUGUGCGCAUGCGUACAUGGCUUACCUUCGUCUAUUGCCCGCAAGCUUGACCAAUGGAUGAAGGUAUGUCCUAACUGUGCGAUAACGCGGCUAGUACACCAGCUCGAAUUAUUACAACGCAUGAUCGCCAGGCGCGGUGGCAUAUUCAAGCAAAAGGAAACACAUCCAGGGAUCCACUCACUCGCGAGGAAGGAAUGGGUCACGACUAAACUGGAGAUGCAAAACACCAUUGAUCGACUUGAAGACUUGCUCAAGGAUGAGGAAAUGGGAGAAGAUGAUAUAGCAAUGUUGAAAGAAGUGCUGCAAGUAUGGGAGAAGAAAUCGGACGAGCUGAAAGAGGUACCAGGCGUGCCAUAUGCAGACAAGGCAGAAGAGGAAGAACCGACCGAGGAAGAGAAGGAGUUCGCUCGGCUGUUGAUGGUGUGGCUGAAGAUGGUGUUGGAGAAGGAGAUGUCGCAAGAAGAGCUGGAGGAAGCCGCCACAUCAACACCAUCGAAACUGCAUCGGCAAGAUGUACCUAUCCGUCACCAAAAAUCUCUUCUGUCAACUACUCUGCCUGUAACUCCACCACAACAAGGCUCUUACGCCAAAUCCCAGCAGCCAUUGCCAGUAACCACAUCCACAUCGAAUCCGACAUUAGCGAUGCUAUCCGAACCACACCAAGCCAAGUGUACGCCACCGAUUACUCCAAAGACUCCUACUACGCCGCCGUCUGUAAAGACCCAGCAAGAGGUUGCGACGCCUAAAUCCAGUCUCAAGCGCCCGCGCGUCGAUACUCCUGACACUCCACCCAGCUCAAUGAACCAUACAUGUAAACGCGUCCGCAUCGCAGAUCGCGUGACUAUAUCGCCCGAACACCUCAAUGUUGUCAACCUGUCACCCUUCGAACCUCUCGCUCGCACCAAGAUCAGCGUACCUCAUGCCACACACACAGUUGCCGAACAUCGUCGCCGAAGAGGAGAGUUUCAUCGUGGGAGAUACUAUGUUCCCGGUGUAUGGGCAGCCAAAGACUUGGAUAGCCCAAAGGCUGAUACCAGCUUCUUCCGUGUUAACCCCAGGAUGAUGGAAGCAAUUGUUCGAGAAGACCUCCAACAAGCAGAGAGAGAGAUGGGGUUUGUGAAGAAGCUGAAACUUGUUCCUGGCUGUUGGGUGGUGCUUUGGUGGGCGAAGUAUGUGGUUCCGAAACUGGACUUGGAGAAAUUGGUGGAAGAGAUGAGGCAGAUGAAGAAGAAAGAAGAGGCCUAA